CAUGAACAAAUGUGCAAUCCAUUUUCCAAACUAUGAAAGGCAGCAACACCCAACAAAGAAAGCAUCUAGUCUGCCGGAAAACCAAACGAAGAAGGUGGAUUUGCGUCGAAGCGGCGCAAUUAGUAGCAGCUUGAACAAUUCUGUUUUGCACGCAUCCAUCCAUCGUAUCAGAGACCCCAAAAGGAUAUGCUAGCGAUUGCUGUUAUUGGAUGGAACCAGCUAUUUUGGUGGAGAAAAGAUGCCAUGGGUAUUGACUGCAUAAUAUUCAGUGUAACCUUAAACUAGAACUAGCUUAACAUUCACAUUAAAGGUAUGCUAAGCACCUGCUGAGGCCUUGUUUGCUUCGAGUCUAGUCAGUAAUCGGCCUGUUUGGAACAUUAUUAACUUACUCUGCAGUGGCUCGACUUGAGCCGCAGGAUUUAGCCUCUAGCUAGCCUUUGGCGAGUCAAUUGUUUACAAUUUGAAAGUUAUCUAUAAAGUUUGUCAUAAAUUUAAAUUGUUGUCCACAAUUUAUUGGUUGUUCUCAUGCAGUAAGCCUCGUAUACUUGUACGGCCAAACAAUUUUAGCCAGCGAACGUUAGUUAUCGUAAACUUGGCAGGUGUGGGUCGGUGGGUGCAGCUAACUAGUUAGCCAUAUCAGUAUUUACCCGCUACUUAUGCCAAAGCUGCUCCAGAAACAUCAACAAUGUCUUUGGUAGCGUAUGCUAACAGUGACGACAGUGACUCAGACGAAACGUCUAACGUUAGUUCCAUCGUCCCGGGUAGCAAACGUGGGGGGCUUUUCGCACGCCUCCCUGCCCCCAAAAGAUCUGCCUCAGAAGCACUAGGAAACGUGCGACCAAGCAAAGGGACAACACACUUCUCUUCACGGAACACUGUGUCAAACGAUGGCGACGAGGACUCAGUUACCCGUUCUCAACCAUCCAAGGGAGGGUUGCUUUUCGACUUACCUAAACCGAAGAAGCGAACAGAGCCUGUCAAAAUCCCUAUACCUGAGAUAAAGAGAGGGGAUUCUGACUCUGAUGAAGAUGAACCAAGGAGAAAGAAAUCCCUGCCCCAGGGUCCUGGCACUGGCCUUUCCUCCCUCCUGCCUCAGCCAAAAAACAUGGUUGUGAAGGAGAUGCAGAGGGCCCUGGUGCCGCACACCCUCACCAAGCGGCCUGACCCAAAGAAACCCACAAAGCCCUCCUUAGGGGCCUCCCAGGGCCACCUCAGCUCCAGUGCAUCCCCCUCCGCCAUCAAAGCAGCAGCUAAAUCGGCUGCCCUGCAGCUAGCGAGGCAAAUAGCUGCUGAGGAAAGUGACGAAGAACUGGCCCCCGAGAACUACUUCUCCCUGGAAGACAGCGCCAAGCCUCUCCCUGCUGUGGUCCCCAGCUUGAACCCAGAGCCUGUCCCCACCUCAGGCCUGCUACCCGCUCCUCCAGGCAUGCAGCGUGGUACAUUCCAGUCAGAUGCCCCUCUGGACUUUGGCGCGAACCAAGAGGGAGCUUGGGGAGGUCAACAGCUAGGGGUGUACCAGCAGCCCUCGGCAGAGCCUCAGGGUUACUACAAUGAGGCUUACUACCAGGAUCCAGAGUCUGACCCAGCAUUGCCUGAGCCAGAGCAACCUAGUUCCUCCGCCCUGUUUGAUGAUGAAGCGUUCAUGAGGCUGCAGGGGAAGAGGAACAGGGGCAAGGAAGAGGUGAAGUUCCUGGAGAUUAAGGGAGAUGACCAGCUGAGCGGCAACCAGCAGUGGAUGACCAAGAGCAUGACGGAAGAGAAGCAAGAGCGCAAAUCCUUCAGCAAGAAAAAGGGAGACCAACCCACAGGGCAACAGCGACGCAAGCACCAGAUCACAUACCUCAUCCACCAGGCAAAGGAGCGAGAGCUAGAGCUGAAGAACAACUGGGCAGACAACAAGCUGACUCGCCGGCAAACACAGGCCAAAUACGGCUUUUAAGAACCGUAACAGAAAGCUUGGUGGCAUGCAUAGCCCCCUCUGGAGAUUUAGAGUAGUACAGUCCAGAAUAUUUUCUCAACAUGGGGCAUACUAUACCCUUGCUGUGGGGGAGGGGUUACACACCUCAUAGACCCAUCCUUGGAGAUGUUAGCACUGACUUUCCUUUUUGUCCCCCCUGUUUGUGGGCCUCCCUGGAUUUGAUACUUAAAACAUUGCUGAUAUAAACAGUAGUUUUGGUGGUCUAUUUUGUAUUUGUUUAUUGGCUGCAUAGAAAAUCAAACUAAUCAGACUGCUGCACACAUGGUUUCCUGGGAAAUUGUAUUUAAAUGCAAUUUUAUGUGGUGGUGGUAUUUCACCAGAUUACACAUUACUGAUAAUUGGUCGUUCCAGUCUGAGAAUAAGAGGAAUGUUUUCCUUGCGGAGUCCAUAUUGUAUGUUUCCAAUGGUGGGACGGUGACCUGCUCUUAAAUUCUGUCAAUCCAACCACAAGCUUCCCCUAGUUUUUUAAAAUGUUAGGAAACACAUUUUAUGCCCUUGGUGGAAUUUCCCUGUGGUGGAGAUGCUUCAACCUGACCUGUUGGGAAUGCAUCUCUUUACUGGUAUUUGGGGGAGAGUUAGUCUUUUUUGAAGGAGCCAGAAACUCCUGUCUGCCAAUAAACACGAUCAUAUACAGUGAUGAGACUUAUUGGAAUUAUAAUGAACUGUGCAAUUUGAAUAAAAUAAUACUGCCUGUUCAGCCUGUGGAGAAUCUUGUAGGAUGUUGCUUUCUCUUCAGAGGGAGCAUGGAUGUGAAAUUGGAUCAGUUUUGUAUUUUACCAGGUUUUUAAAUGGCUCUUUUACCAGACCUCAACAUUUACUGAGGAUUUGGGAAUCCAUGUUUCUGAAGGGUGCUCUCUGCUCAUUCUGCUGGUUUUGUUGUAGCUUUAUAUGGUGAUGGCAGAUACUGUAUGUAUAAGAAAUAUGCUACGGUGCAUUCCUUGCUUACACUUACCCAAUCCUUUCAGAUCUUCAAGGGUGUGAGUGAAUUAAGAGAAAUGGAACUUGGAAGGGCAGUUUACUAAUCCCAUUACACCUGGAUACCCCCCCCAAGAAAAUGCUGAAAACCAGCAGUCAAGGAACUCGGUUCUACCUUUCGUGAUAAACUAGCUCAAGUGUUUUUGUAUAUUGACACUCCUAUUAAGUCAAAGCAGAAAUAAUGUAACCAUGUUCACAACUUGGCAUUGGCAGGGACAAAGACUGGCGCUGCCAAAAGCACCCCAUUGAGGACAAUGGUAUAGCAGACAGACUACUAGAUUUCUAAAGGUGUUACGGCUAACUAUUUUAGGCACUCAGAUCUUACAAAGGUCUGCUUUGCCAAGCUCAUUAGAAGGCAUUUCAAUACUGUUUAUGUAAGAGGCAGGGAAAAUACCUUUUUGUUUUACCCUAUACUGUUACAAUAAAAUGUAUUUCAUUUCCUGA